AUGGAGGACAGGGACCCAGGUCCCGGCUUGGCUGUGCUCCAGGAUCUUCUGAAGCGGCCAGGACCCGACGUGGUUCGUUGGGCCGUGGAGCAGGCGCAGUCGCUGGCACGGCCCGGGACGAAUGUACAGCAAUCGCAGAUCUUCCAAAUGGCAGGCGCUCUGAACGCGGCGUCCGUCGCAGAGAAGCAGGAACUGGUGCGUGCGGCCAUCUCUGGCUUCGGACAGCUGCCGGCAGAUCAACGAGCGGAGGCACUGCGGCUGGUGGUGAAUACGGCAGCAGCAGCACAGGUUGGCCCGCAUCCCACGGCAGAGGGCGAAGUUCCCCCCCUGAUGCAGAACGUCAUGGCGGUCGUGAAGGAGGCGAAGCUGCAUGAGAUGCCGAAGGAGGAGAAGGCGAUCCUGGCGCAGGAAGCCCGCCAAGAUGCAGCAGAAAUGGUUCAGCCACAGCAGAUUCUGGAGGUCGUCUCUGAGUUGAGACCAGAAGAACGCCAUCAAGUGACCGAGGUUACUGCGAGUACGAUGCGUCCUGUUUACGCAGGCAGUGGGAACGGUUCCUUCGUUCCUUCCGCGCCCAUGCCGCAGGUGGUUUCGACAGGGUCCUAUGCGCCUCCAGUGGUUGCACACCCGGGAGCUGCGUCUGUGAACCUCACAGACGGCAUACCGGACCCAGAAUCCAUUGAGCAGCAGAAGCGUGCUUACGAGCGCGGGCUAGACGCGGAGCUGGAGCAGACACGGAAACUGGCAGAAGAGCAGCUGAAGCAGCAGAAGGCAGCAAUUAAGGCUGCGGCAGAGCAGCAGCUGGCGAUGUACAAGGCCCAGGUCGAUCAGUCGAUUCGGCAACAAGAGCUCAGCCUAGACCACCAGUGGCAGCAGCAGCAGAUGGAACUGCAGCAGGCGUUUCUGAAGCAGAAGGCGGCACUGGAACAGCAGGCCAGCUCCCUAGCCAUGGAGUACCAGCAGCGCAAGAUGCACGAAGAGCUUCUUAAAAAGCAGGCGGAAAUGCAGCGCGAAAUGCAGGAGAUGCAGCGGCGGAUGCAUAUGGAGUUGCAGGAUCACCACCAGCAGCAAACCAGCCUCCAGCAGCAGCACGCUGUGCAGCGGCAGCAGCACCAGGAAGAGCUGGCUGCUCAGCAGGCGAGGUACAUGCAGACGCAAGCCCAGUCCAUAUCUGAGAACCAGAAGCAGAAUUCAGCCGAUCAGCGUUGGCCGGGCACUGCUGGGAACAAGUCAGAGCCGGUCUACUGUCGCAAGGACGUGCAGCAACAUGAUGGCCGAAACGGCUCAGUGUGGGUGACGUACCGUGACGGGGUGUAUGAUGUCACUGAGUAUCUGGAGAAGCAUCCUGGUGGGAAGUUGAUCCUGCAGGCGGCCGGUGGACCGGUCGACGAAUGGUGGAAGUAUUGGGCCCAGCACCACCUUUCCCUUGAUGUGGCUGCAGCAUUGGAAGCCUUGCGUGUGGGGCGUCUCCUCGACUACGAAGAAGAGGAGGACCAUGAGCGCUAUGGCCGAGGAGCUUGGGAGCCGGAGCAAACGGCACCGGGUCGUGAAGAGUCUCGCCGCACGGGGGCCAUUCUCAGCGAGCUGCCGUUUCAGACGGAAACGUGCGUUUCGGAGCUCUCGGCAGAGUUUUUGACUCCGAAAGGCAAGCUCUAUGUUCGAAAUCAUGCGCCCGUACCAGCCAUUGAGACGUCUACAGAUCAUAUGAUCACCUUCGUGUCGCAGCAGGAGGAGGAGCUGGAUCUAACCCUGGGCCAGCUUGAAGGGCGCUUUCCGCGCCACCGGAUCACUUCCAUCCUCCAAUGCACUGGAAACAGGGCAGCUGACAACAUCAACGCAAAUGGUCAUGGCACCAGUGGCUUCGUGGGCGGAGACAGUGAAUACAUUGGCGCAGGGAUGCUUGGAAAUGCAUCAUGGUCCGGCUAUCGGCUGGAUGAUGUUCUGGGCACUUUGUUUCCGUCAUUGAGUACACUCUCUGCAGAAGCCAUUCAGGAGCUUCACUUGACUCUGGAAGGGGUGGACGGCUAUUACACUUCCAUACCAUUGAACAUUGCCUUGGAGAAGAGCGCGGACUGCUUGUUGGCAACGCACAUGAAUGGGGAGGAGCUGACUCCAGAUCAUGGAUUUCCUGUGCGUGCCCUCUUGCCCGGGAUUGCGGGGGCCCGCAAUGUGAAGUGGUUGGCGAAGGUGGCGAUUGGGAAGGAGUCCGACGGUCCCUGGACGGCCCACUACUACCGCACAGCGGGGAGAUCGGCGCCGAUCUAUGCCCUGCCCUUGAACUCUGUGAUUCUUUCCCCGGAGCCUGGAGCUUGGCUCCAUGAAUCGAGAUCUGCAGUGGCGGUCAAGGGUGUUGCCUACGCCGGGGGUGGGCAGCAUCCCAUCCAGUCCGUGGAGCUCUCCGCAGACAGAGGUCAGAGCUGGCAAGCCGCGACCUGCCGCUUCGAAGAAGUACCAGAUGACGACUGCCAAGGUCCGUCUCGAAGUUGGGUUCGCUUUGAGUCGGUGGUCGAGCUGCCACCAAGUCGCUCCGGUGCGAGAGGCUCUGGCAAGACUUCUGGAGCUCCGCUCACGGAACUUUGGUGCAGAGCUAUUGACAAGGCUGGCAAUAUCCAGCCUGAGUCUUCUCUACCACAGGGAGGCUAUAUGUACAACGGCUACCAUCGAGUCCCGCUGGUCCGAAGCUUGAAGCUUCCCAUGGCAAUGCCGGCGACAGUCGUCGAGUAG